CUAAAACAAUAUGUGAAAAUGAAUAUGCGAAAACAUGUUAAAUAAAAUGAGUUUUAGUGCAGUAUAAUUUAAAAUGUAAAGUUGCAAAGACAAGUUUAAUGUCCUCUCUCAAAAAGCAAACGUACCGUAUGAGUACUACUACUGGAAUAAAGCGUGUGAAAUUGCGAUAGUGAAAAAUAUUAUAAAUGCGCUUGCGUGCAAAUACUAUGGAAAUUAUGAGUCUUUCUUUUUCACUGUGAGAAAAAGACAUCUGUCCACUUUGCUUAAACAUUAAAUCGAUCGCAUAAUUAUAGGCACUUGCGGAAAACGCUUUUCAAGCUGGAAAAAUUUCGAUCGCUCGCAAAUAGCAUCUGUUUUAUGUCUCACAGAUCAAUUUAAAAAUAAAGCUAAAAGAUGAAGAGGUAUUUAUUCGUUCGAUCGAAAAGAAGGGUACAACGGCGCGUUUUCCUUUUCUUUAUAAUCAAAAAUCUCUUGACGCUUGCAAAGAUGAUAUGUAUAAGGUCUCGAUUCUUCCGAAUUAAUCGAAUUCUUUUGUUUGUACUGGGUUUAUGGCCUUAUGAACAAUCAAAAUUCACUCGAUUACAAUCUAUAUUAUUUUAUAUUAUUCUCAUAAGUUUUAUUGUUGCUCAGUUUGCAGUAUUUACAACAUCAAAAUGCACAUUACAAAUCGUUAUUGAAAUAUUAUCUACAAUAUUUUUCUUUAUAAUUUGCGUACUAAAAUAUAAUUCGUAUCAUUCUAAUAUGGAUGCUGUGAAGUAUUUAUUGGAACUACUUCAGCACACUUAUAACGAGUUAAAAGAUGAAAAUGAGGUCGCCAUCAUAGAAAAAUAUUGGACUAUCAUAAAGCGUAAUGUUGAAAUGCUUACACUAAUGCUUUUCUGCGGCAUAUUUAUCUGUGGUUGUAAUACAUUUCUGCCGUGCAUUCUUCAUGUUAUAUUACCUGCAAACAAGUCCGGACCACAUCCAUCGCUACACAUCAUGACAGAAUAUUUCAUUGAUCAAGAAAAGUAUUUUUAUUUACUUGUAAUGCACAAGGAAGUAGCCAGUUGUAUAGGGACCACUGCAAUUAUAGCAACGGGAACGAUGAAUAUGAUAUUUCUUCAACAUGCUUGCGGAAUGUUCAUGAUCGCCAGUUAUCGUAUGGAGCAGGCCACGAUGAGCCUUAAUCUAAAAAAAGAUAAUAAAGGAAAUAAACAUUUGGUUUAUAUGGGGAUAAUUUAUGCUAUUGAUAUGCAUCGCAAAGCUAUGAGGUAUGUGAAGCUUUGGACAUCUUCAUUUAAUGUAUAUUAUUCCUUUCUCAUUGUGAAUUUUGUGAUUUCCGCAAGCCUCAUUUCUUUCCGAAUUUAUAAAGGCCUAACAUCUGGAUCUAGUCUCGAGAAACUGGUAUCACCCAUUCUAUUCUUGAUUAGUCUCUAUGCGUACAUAUUCUAUGCUAAUAAAUCGGCACAAGAAGUUAUUGAUCAUAAUAAUCAUGUAUUUGCUACUGUAUACACAAUUCGAUGGUACGUAGCUCCUUUACGCAUACAAAAGCUGGUACUAUUUCUACUGCAAAAAAGCUGCAAAGCUUUUAACAUAGUUAUUGGUGGGCUGUUUGUGGGAUGUUUAGAGGGUUUUGCUACGGUAAAAUAUACUAGAAUAUAUGCUAAAUAUAUAUCAUGUUUUAGACAUAUGAGGAAACUAUUUUUAAUUUCAGUUAAUAAGUACAACAAUAUCUUACUUCACUGUCAUGUAUUCUGCGGGUCGAUGACCUAUUAAACCAUACAAGUAAUAUGGGAAUGACCGGAAAAUUUGUGACAGAUUUUUUAGCAGAAUUCAGAUGUAAAACUUUGUAUUGAUUCUUAAUAUAAAGUUUUGAAUUUCGCUAUAAACGAAUCGGCACAGACUUUCCGGCCAAUCCAAUAUAUUUAUAGAUUAAUCCAAUCCAAACUAACGGAACAAAUAUAAUGAGACACAAGCACAAAACAUAUAUUUUGUGUUUUAAGAAUUAAAAUAUGACCUUAAAAUGUAAGUUGAGUGAAGUUAACGUAAUGUCAAGACUCAAUAUGUAACAUGCAACGUGAAUAACUCUCAAAAAUAUUUAUAUUAACAAAUAAUUGUAUUACAAUGUAUCUGUUUUUAAUUAGUGUGUAUUUGUACGUACCAAUACCAAUAUACAUAAAUCGCGAUGUAUCUCUUUAAA